AUGUUAGAACGUCUCGUGGAGAAUGUGUGUCCACAUGUGAUUCCUGAGGAACAGUGUGGUUACAGACCCGAGCAGGGAACAAUGGAUAUGAUAUUUUCUGCAAGGCAGGUUCAGCAGAAAUGUUUAGAGGAACAAAUGCCACUAUACCAGGUUUUUAUAAAUCUAACUAAGGCAUUUGACAUGGUAAACAGGGACGCACUGUGGAUUGUUUUGUGCAAACUUGGUUGCCCGACACAUUUUGUGAGCCUCUUCGAGAAAUUGCACAGCAACAUGAAAGCUCAGGUAGUUUUUAAUGGUAAUCUAUCUGAUGAAUUUUCAGUGGACAACGGUGUAAAGCAGGGAGAUAUUCCUGCCCCUACACUUUUCUCUAUAUAUUUUGCCGCAUUGCUUUGUAAGUCUGAGAAAAACCAAGGUAAUGUUUACCCCACACCUGGACAAAUAUAUACUGAACCAAACAUCUUUGUGAACGGAACAAGAUUAGAAGUCAUUGACACCUUUGUUUACCUUGAAACCACACUGUCAAGGAAUGGUGGUCUUGAUGCAGAAAUAUACUAUCGAAUAGCGAAGGGAAGUGCUGCAUUUGGAAAGCUUGAAAAGCGAGUAUGGGCUGAUAGAGAUAUCUCCCUGCAGACAAAAAUCAGCAUCUACAAAGCGUGUGUAUUGACUGCACUUCUUUAUUCAGGCGAAACAUGGACCAUUUACAAGCGUUAUGUAAAGAUGCUAGAAAGGUUUUAUCAAAAGUGUCUAAGACGCAUCCUAGGAGUAAAAUGGAAGAGAUUCGUAGCAGAUACAGAGGUUUUGCGCAGGGCGCACUGUAGCUCAAUUGAAAAACAUAUUAUCCUGGCCCAAAUGAGAUGGACUGGGCAUGUAAUUAGAAUGAAGGAUGAUCGUUUGCCAAAGCGCUUAUUUUAUGGUGAGAUCAGCUCUGGUGAGCGACCGCGGCAGAAACCGAGCAAGAGGUAUAAAGAUUGCAUUAAACAAAACCUAAAAAAACUAGAUAUGUAUGAAAGUGAUUGGGAAGGAGAUGUUCUGGAUCGAAGCAAGUGGAGAGCUGUUGUCAGGACGAGCUGUGAUGCCUGGGAGGAAAAGAUGUUUCAGCAACUUGAGCUAAAGCGGGCCUGUCGAAAGGGAAAAAUUUUGCACCAGGGUCUCCGUUGUGUUGAUAUAAACCCUUUCUUUCAGGUAUUCCCACAAGAAAAAAUCCUGGGGAAUGUGAAGGCUAGUUGA